AUGAUUGACUGUUUACAUCAGGAUAAUCGUAUCCACACAUCCAAGUACAACAUUCUCACCUUCUUGCCAAUUAAUUUAUUUGAACAGUUCCAAAGAGUGGCAAAUGCCUACUUCCUUUUCCUUCUGAUUUUGCAGCUGAUUCCAGAAAUUUCCUCCUUGACUUGGUUCACCACCAUUGUGCCUUUGGUCUUGGUGAUAACCAUGACAGCUGUCAAAGAUGCCACAGAUGACUAUUUUCGUCACAAGAGUGAUAAUCAAGUGAAUAAUCGGCAAUCUGCAGUACUCAUCGAGGGCAAGCUGCAGAGUGAAAAAUGGAUGAAUGUCAAAGUGGGAGACAUCAUUAAAUUAGAAAAUAAUCAAUUUGUUGCUGCUGAUUUGCUUCUCCUAUCAAGUAGUGAGCCACACGGCCUCUGUUAUAUUGAAACUGCUGAGCUUGAUGGGGAAACAAACCUAAAAGUGCGCCAUGCCUUAUCGGUUACUUCAGAACUUGGAGCAGAAAUUAGCAAGCUUGCAAAGUUUGAUGGGAUUGUUGUCUGCGAGGCACCGAACAACAAAUUAGAUAAAUUCACCGGCAUCCUCUCUUGGAAAGACAGCAAGUACUCUCUCAACAACGAGAAGAUAAUUCUGAGAGGCUGCGUCCUGAGAAACACCAGUUGGUGCUUUGGAAUGGUUAUUUUUGCAGGACCUGACACUAAACUAAUGCAGAAUAGUGGCAAGAGUAAAUUUAAAAGAACAAGCAUUGAUAGACUGAUGAACACCCUAGUACUCUGGAUUUUUGGGUUUCUGGUGUGCCUGGGAAUUAUUCUUGCAAUAGGAAAUUCAAUCUGGGAGCAUCAAGUUGGGGAGAAUUUCAGAACUUUCCUCUUUUGGAAUGAAGGAAAGAAGAAUGCUUUGUUCUCAGGCUUUCUAACCUUCUGGUCAUAUAUUAUUAUUCUCAACACAGUCGUGCCCAUUUCAUUAUAUGUCAGUGUGGAAGUAAUUCGUCUGGGACACAGUUACUUCAUAAACUGGGAUCGGAGGAUGUAUUACUCUGGGAAAGCAACACCUGCUGAAGCUCGAACGACGACACUCAAUGAGGAACUGGGCCAGAUUGAAUACAUUUUCUCCGACAAAACGGGCACCCUGACCCAAAACAUCAUGACUUUCAAAAAAUGUUCCAUUAAUGGGAGCCAGCUGACUUACCAAGUUCAGUCACCUGAUGAAGGGGCCCUAGUGACAGCUGCAAGAAACUUUGGAUUCAUUUUUAAAUCUCGAACCCCAGAGACAAUAACCAUAGAAGAACUGGGGAGCCUGGUUACUUACCAAUUGCUUGCCUUUUUAGAUUUCAACAAUAUCCGGAAAAGGAUGUCUGUCAUAGUUCGAAACCCAGAGGGACAGAUAAAGCUUUAUUCCAAAGGAGCAGAUACUAUUCUGUUUGAAAAACUUCAUCCUUCCAAUGAAGACCUUCUCUCUUUGACGUCAGACCAUCUUAGCGAGUUUGCUGGAGAAGGCCUCCGCACGUUGGCCAUUGCAUACAGAGAUCUGGAUGACAAGUACUUUAAGGAGUGGUAUAAAAUGCUUGAAGAUGCAAAUGCUGCCACAGAUGAGAGAGAUGAACGGAUAGCUGGCUUAUAUGAAGAAAUUGAAAGAGAUUUGCUGCUGCUAGGUGCCACUGCUGUAGAAGACAAGUUACAAGAGGGUGUUAUUGAAACUAUUACCAGUUUAUCUCUGGCCAAUAUUAAGAUUUGGGUCCUAACAGGAGACAAACAAGAAACUGCCAUCAACAUUGGUUAUGCUUGCAACAUACUGACUGAUGACAUGAACGAAGUCUUUGUUAUAGCAGGAAACACCAUAAUGGAAGUCAGAGAAGAACUCAGGAAAGCAAAGGAAAGUUUGUUUGGACAAAGCAGAAGUUUUUCCAAUGGCCAUGUAGUUUGUGAAAAAAAGCAGCAGCUGGAGUUGAACUCAACUGUAGAAGAAACCAUAACAGGAGAUUAUGCCUUAAUCAUAAAUGGCCACAGUUUGGCUCAUGCUCUAGAAAGUGAUGUCAAGAAUGACCUCCUAGAACUUGCUUGCUUGUGUAAGACAGUAGUAUGCUGCCGUGUCACUCCGCUCCAGAAAGCACAAGUAGUAGAGCUGGUGAAGAAGCACAAAAAUGCUGUCACAUUGGCAGUUGGUGAUGGAGCCAAUGACGUCAGCAUGAUCAAAAGUGCUCACAUUGGCAUUGGCAUCAGCGGGCAAGAAGGACUGCAGGCAGUCUUGGCUAGUGACUAUUCAUUUGCACAGUUUCGAUACCUGCAAAGGCUUCUCCUGGUUCAUGGAAGGUGGUCCUAUUUCAGAAUGUGCAAAUUCUUAUGCUAUUUCUUCUAUAAGAAUUUUGCAUUCACACUUGUGCAUUUCUGGUUUGGUUUCUUCUGUGGUUUUUCAGCUCAGACUGUUUAUGACCAGUGGUUCAUCACCCUUUUCAACAUUGUCUACACAUCACUGCCUGUUUUAGCCAUGGGGCUUUUUGACCAGGACGUGAGUGACCAGAGCAGCAUGGACUGUCCGCAGCUUUAUGAACCUGGACAGCUAAAUCUACUUUUCAACAAGCGUAAAUUUUUCAUCUGUGUGGCACAUGGAAUCUACACCUCCUUAGCCCUUUUCUUCAUCCCCUAUGGGGCUCUUUACAACUCAGCUGGAGAAGACGGACAGCACAUUGCUGACUACCAGUCCUUCGCAGUGACCAUGGCCACAUCUUUGGUCAUUGUGGUCAGUGUACAGAUAGCCUUGGAUACCAGUUACUGGACCGCCAUUAAUCAUGUCUUCAUCUGGGGCAGCAUUGCUACUUAUUUCUCCAUUCUAUUUGCAAUGCACAGUAAUGGGGUAUUUGGCAUCUUUCCAAACCAGUUUCCAUUUGUUGGAAACGCACGACAUUCCUUGACCCAGAAAUCCAUCUGGCUUAUUGUUCUCUUAACGACCGUGGCUUCAGUUAUGCCUGUGGUGGCAGUCAGAUUUUUGAAGGUGGAGCUGUACCCAACCUUGAGUGAUCAGAUCCGUCAGUGGCAGAAGGAGCAAAAAAAGGCCAGGCCUCUAAGGAGCCGGAGGCCUCAGACCCGCAGGUCAAGUUCAAGAAGAUCUGGAUAUGCUUUUGCUCACCAAGAGGGCUAUGGAGAACUUAUAACAUCUGGAAAAAAUAUGCGCGCUAAAAAUCUACCCCCAACAUCAGGGUUGGAAAAGACACUGUAUAAUAGCGCUAGCUGGAUCGAAAAUUUAUGUAAGAAAACCACAGACACAGUGAGCAGCUUUAGCCAGGAUAAAACGGUGAAACUUUGA